ACUCACGUCUCUCGCUAUUGGCUUACCCUAGAACAACUACAAACAUGGAUCCCUACUCACCUGAAGGAGAACUCAUCAACAUCCACUCGGCCUUCCACGCUGGCGCCUACCAACAGGUCCUCGACUUCGACACGUCUUCAUUCUCAGCGGCAAAUGCGCUGCCCGUUCGCGUCCUUCAGCUCCGCAGCCAAAUCGCACUAGGCCAGGCGCAAGCCGUUUCCACUGAGCUCGCUUCAGAAAAGACGCCAGAUCUCGUCGCAGUAAAGCUACUAGCCGACUACGAGCAGGGCAAAGAUGUUUUGGAGCAGGCAAAGAAGUUGGCCGAGCAGCAUGGACAAGAGAAUUUGACUGUGCAGCUCUGCGUGGGCAUGAUACUGGAAAGGGCGGGCGAGACGGAGGCUGCGCUUGAGUUGUUGAGCAAGCAUCAGGGCAGCUUGGACGCGGUAGCACUGAUUGUCCAAAUUCAUCUCCAACAAAACCGUACAGAUCUUGCCGCCAAAGAAGCGCAGCGUGCACGGAAAUGGGCACAAGACAGUCUGUUGGUCAACAUUGCCGAGAGCUGGGUUGGCAUGCGAGAGGGCGGCGAAAAGUACCAAUCCGCAUUCUACGUCUUCGAAGAAUUAGCCACAACCUCUCAAUCCACAUCACCACACUCGCUUGUCGCACAGGCCGUGUCCGAACUACAUCUUGGUCGCCUCCCCGAAGCCGAAGCCGCGCUGCAACAAGCAAUCUCCAUCGACGGCACCUCGGCCGACACAAUUGCAAACCUCAUCGUCCUAAACACACUGCUAGGCAAAAAGGAUGAAACAGAGAAACUCAAGUCACAACUCCAAUCUACGGCCCCGCAACAUAGAGCAGUAUCAGACUGGGAAACUAAGAAGGAAGAAUUCGCAAAGGCAGCAGCAAAAUACACGCCCAUUUUUGAGGUGGCUUCGUAGGAGGACCAAGCUCUAGGGCAUCUGCUCUCCAGGCAGGAGCUGCAUGGUCAUGUGAAAUUUGCACCUCAAGCCUGCCCUCAGCAAACGGGCGUCGAUGGCGCUACCUAGCAUGGGCGCGAGAGCAACAGUGCAGUGACAGAGCUUGAUAUAGAAUAUCUUCUAGCGUGUGUGGGUGCUUGGGCCUGGGACAGCGAUGACAGUAGCGAAGUAUAUUAUAUCUGACAUUUUGUUUGUUCCACGGACAAGAAUCAACGGUGUUUUUGAGUUUGC